AUGAUACGGGGGCGUUGUAUUCUCUCGUUGACCAUAGCUUUGGCCGCGUUCUUCAUAUCCGCCGAGGCGUCUCAGCCUUUGUCGCUUUAUCUUACAUCAUCCGAUGAGGAGGUGGGGCCCGCCGACGAGAACCACACGUGUUCCGAUACCAAUGACUCCGUCACAAUAGUGCUGGAGCCCAACGACACGGAUGCAGUUUUCGAAUGUAGUGACCCGUAUUCGACUCUGGCGCCAAAGGACUGCACCGGCGACGAAGGCACGUGCCCUACAAAAAAGCGGCGGGAGACUCAUGAGGGGGAAAAACCGACGAUCUGUGAGGACCAAGACUGUAACACCGUGAAACAUCUAACCGACAUUUUCCCCGACGCACAACGGAAACGACACUCCAAUGGUAAACGUUUCAAGCUGUUUAUUCCCAAACGAGAGGCAAACUACAGUACAUCCGUUACGACGAAGGACGUUUGGUAUCACUGCGAAAAACGCGACUCCGGACAGACACCCUGCAAAGUAAAAAUUUCCGUUCAAUCACCUUCUCCUGUGCCUCAGCUGCCACCAGAUCCAGCGCAAAAUAAAUGUGAAAAGGAUGGGCAAAUUGUGAAGCUGGAAGCUUCACCUGAACUUCCACUCACGUUUGAGUGCGGAGCAGACCGUACUCUGCAACCAUCUGGCGCAGAAUUGGUGCAUGAUGACAGCGACGGCAACUGCAGAAACCCGGUGAAAUUGUCGACUCUCGUAGACGCACACUUGGACGGACCGCCGGUCGCAGUUUCCAAAGUGGGAAGAAAGAAGUACACCCUGACGGUUCAGCAGCUGCCCCCAAAGAAGGCAUUUCUGUGCUAUAGGUGUGCUGCCCAGAAAGAGGAACUGACCUUGCGAAGACUGAGCGAGGUAAAAGAAAAAGAUUGCUUCGUGAAAAUAACAGUACAGGCUGACCCUCAGGCGACGACUCCCGCGCCCCCAGCCACCUCCUCAUCAGCUACGGCUCCUGGCAGAGUGAUUACAGUGGCGAGCUAUGCAUUCCUUCUAGUGGCAGGCACACUCGCUAGAGGUUAA